UGACUAAUAAGCGAAGGAGGAGGGAGUGAGGGAGGGUUGAGUGCUCCAUUCUCUGCCUUGGAAGCCGGUUGGGGAGGAACAAGGGAGCUGCCAUGGCCAGCUACAGCGUGGAGGAACGUGGCUGCCCCAACAGUCUCGACUACAGGCUCUUCUUCAAAAAUGACAAAGGUGAAUACAUUUCUCCAUUCCAUGACAUUCCAGUAUAUGGAGAUGCUGGCAAGGGAUGCCUCCCAUCAUGGUUUCACCGCAACUUCAGUGGCAGCACAGAUAUUUUCAACAUGGUGGUGGAAAUACCUCGAUGGACCAAUGCUAAGAUGGAGAUUGCAACCAAAGAUCCUCUAAAUCCAAUUAAACAAGAUGUGAAGAAGGGAAAACUACGUUAUGUUGCUAAUGUAUUUCCCCACAAGGGAUAUAUCUGGAAUUACGGUGCCAUUCCACAGACUUGGGAGGAUCCAGCACAUAAAGAUGAAAAUACUGGCUGUUGUGGAGAUAAUGAUCCAAUUGAUGUUUGUGAAAUUGGAAGCAAGGUAUGCAGUAGAGGAGAAAUAAUUCAAGUGAAAGUUCUGGGCACACUGGCACUAAUCGAUGAGGGUGAAACAGACUGGAAGAUUAUUGCAAUUAAUGUUGAAGACCCUGAAGCUGCUAAUUUUAACAAUAUUGAUGAUGUCAGGAGGAUUAAGCCUGGAUACCUGGAAGCUACAGUGGACUGGUUUAGAAGAUACAAAGUACCUGAUGGGAAGCCAGAAAACCAAUUUGCAUUUGAUGGAGAAUUUAAAGACAGGGACUUUGCAAUUGAUGUUAUCAAAAGCACACACAAUUUCUGGAAGGCACUAGUAACUAAAAAUGCAAAUGCAGGAGAGAUUUGCUGCACAAACACAACUUUGGCAGACAGCUCCUUCUGUUGCAGUCAAACGUCUGCUGCAUCUACUGUGACAUCGGCACCUGCCUGCGGGCCUGCCAACCCAUUACCAACUGAAGUGGACAAGUGGUUCUACUGCCAGAAGUAGUGAACUGGAAUGCAGAGGCCGAAGUAGCUGCUGUCUUGUUCACCAGGAAACACUUACAGAGAACUAGAUGAGAACUGAGAACUUCCGUUUCCAGAAGAAUCCUCUUUUUAAAUAAGUAAAUUGCCUAUUAUGACAGAACAGAUUUUACAGAUUUAUCAAUAAUGUGUGCUCAAAAUGUAUAAAGAUCAUACAGAAUCUGAGCAGUUCUUAUGUAAAAUACCAGCUUAACAGUCUUCAAAUAUUCUUGUAUAAUAUGGGAUUCACUGUUAUGUAAGGAAAUUAUGUAUAGACAGUCAAUUGUUGUUUCCUGGAUAAAAGAAACAUUUUUUGCUGCAACUCA